AUGGAUAAUUCUUCUGAUGUUACGUACUUGUUUAUGGAGGGGCAUAUAGAACUGCAGAAGUACAGAUAUUUUUACUUUAUAAUUACUCUGGCAGUUUAUCUGUUGAUUAUUUGUUGUAACACUGUUGUCAUUUUUGUCAUUUACACAAACAAAUGUCUCCAUGAGCCGAUGUACAUUUUCAUUGCUGCUUUGCUUUUCAAUUCACUUUUUGGAACGACUGCCCUUUAUCCUAAACUGCUGAGUGACUUUCUAUCUGAAAGGCCAGUUACUUCUUACUCAGCCUGUCUGUUUCAGGCCUUUUCUAUUUACACAUAUGGAGCUUCAGAGUUCACACUGUUAUCAGCUAUGGCCUAUGACAGAUAUGUGUCGAUAUGUAAACCAUUACAAUAUGCAACUCUUGUAAAAAUGUCCACUGUGAAAAAGCUCUUAUUUUGUUGUUGGUUUGUGCCUUCCUGUGAUAUUGGCAUAUCAGUAAUAUUAACAUACCAACUUCAGCUGUGUAAAUUUAAAUUAAACAGAAUAUACUGUAAUAAUUCUGCAAUUGCUAAAUUAAGCUGUGGGAACAUAUCUGUUAGCAAUUCAUAUGGACUGUUUGGUUUAAUUUUUGCUGUAUUUCCACCAGUGAUCUUCAUAAUCUACUCAUAUAUUAGAAUAUUUGAAGUCUGUUUAAAGAAUUCAAAAGAUUUCAGAAGAAAAGCUCUGCAGACCUGCUUCCCACACCUUAUUAUUUUCAUCAGCUUCACUUUUACCUCCUGCUUUGAAGUGAUUAACACUAGAUAUGAAGGCAAUGUACCUCAGAUCUUUUCUCUGAUAGUGUCAGUUGAAAAUUUGGCAAUUCCUCCUCUUAUUAAUCCUAUUAUGUAUGGUUUGAAAUUGCAAGAGAUUUUCAAUAGAAUCAAGAAAAUGAUGUGGAAAAGAAGAACAUCUUUUUAA